AUGGAGGAUGUUAUACCAGAGUCUGAAAGCCUGCUGCUUCCGGUGAAUCUCCGCCAUACAAAUGGCGGAGCCAACACAGAAGGUCAUGGAGCUGUUAAUGGAGGUGAAGGGACGGCAAAAGGGUCCAUUCACAGCGAGCAAGGAGAGGACAAAGAAGUUGAUGCAGAGAAGAAAAGCAUGAUCGGAGGUACUGAGGAGGAAGAAGAAAAGGGAGGUGGUGGGAUUAUAACACACCUUAUAUCUAUAGUUUCCCCGAGGAGCGCUCCGAAAGGCGGGGAUGCUGGAAAAAGAAAAGGUGAGUUUAAAGUCGAUGAUGUGGGGAACGGGGAGUUUUCUAAUAAGUCGGAGAAAGAGGGUGGUGGUGAAAAUGGUAAUGGAGGGGUUUUCUCAAAUCUCAUCUCCAACUUUUUUAACCAGAGUAAUGGCGGCGGAGAAGGAGGAGGAGGAGGAGGAGAGGUUGAUGAGGUGAAUAAAGAAGAUGAGAAGGAUAUUGGGAAUAAGAGGAUGAAGACGGCAGAGGAGGCGGAGGAGGGUGGCGGUGGAGGUGGCAUCAUUGACAAUAUUGUCUCUCACUUGCCUACAUCACUUCCAGGUCGGUCCGUUAGUUCUUCUCUAGAAUAA